AUGGCACCAAAGGAGCUCAAGGAGUUAAAGAUUCAACUACUAGAGUUGCUUGAUAGAGAGUUUGUUCGACCGAGUGUAUCAAAGCCAGAACUUGGAAAAUAUUUUGUGGUUUAUAGUGAUGCUUCAUAUUUGGGUCUUGGUUGUGUUUUGAUGCAAGAGGGUAAGGUUGUGGCUUAUGCUUUGAGGCAAUUGAAGACGCAUGAGCGCAACUAUCCUACCUAUGAUUUGAAAUUAGCUGUUGUGAAUUAUGACUCUGUGAUUGAGUAUCAUCCUGGCAAAGCAAAUGUUGUUAUUGAUGCAUUGAGUAGGAAAUCAAUGACGGAGUUGAGAGCUAUGUUUGCGUGCUUGAGUUUAGGUAGUGAUGGUUGUUUGUUAGCUGAACUUCAAGUGAGGUCGACUUUGGCUCAACAAAUUAAGGAGAAGCAACCUUUGGAUGGAGAUUUGUUGAAGAGGAUUUGUCAAGUUGAGCAUGGUGUUAAGGGAGACUUUGAUGUUGAUGUAGAAGGUAUCUUGAAUUUUUGUGGUAGAUUGUGUGUGUCGCAAGAUAAGGAUUUAAGACAAGCGAUCCUUACUAAGGCAAAUAGUAGCCCUUACGCUAUGCAUCCCUGUAGUGGUAAAAUGUACUAUGAUCUUCGUGAGAUUUACUGGUGGCUUAGGUUGAAGCGUGAUGUUAUGGAUUUUGUGGCUUGA